AUGUCUUCCUACGACGGCUCGCGCUCUGCGCGCCAGUCGAAGCGCUACUCGAUGUCAGCUCUCUACAUGUCGAUUUCUGCCAACGAGGGAGAUCUACAGAUUGAAGAUGAGCUUGCCAAAGCACAAAAGGCGCUGCGUGAUCUUAAGUCUAAGAUCUCAUCACAGUCGAAGAAGAACUUCGUUUUGGAAAAAGAUGUGCGGUAUCUAGAUUCCCGAAUUGCGUUGCUUAUCCAAAACCGUAUGGCCCUGGAAGAGCAAAACGAAGUUGCCAGCCAUCUCGAAGAUGCUCUUGAAAUGCAGCAGGGUGUCUUCCCUAACGACGACAAAACUCAGAAAUACGGAAACCUUUUGCUCGUCUCGAUGUCUGAGAUUGAUUCGCUGCUCCAGACUGUCAUGUUUACUAUCUACGGAAACCAAUACGAAAGUCGAGAAGAGCAUCUCUUGCUCACUAUGUUCCAGUCCGUCUUGACAUAUCAGUUCGACAACACACCGGACUACUCCUCCUUGCUCCGCGCUAAUACUCCCGUCUCUCGAAUGAUGACUACAUACACCCGAAGAGGUCCUGGUCAAAGUUUCCUCAAAUCCGUGCUUGCUGAUAGAAUCAAUGGCUUGAUCGAGCUGAAGGAUCUUGACCUGGAAAUCAACCCGCUCAAGGUCUACGAGCGAAUGAUUGAACAGAUCGAAGAGGAUACUGGCCAACUGCCUCCCCAUCUUCCCAAGGGAAUCACUGGUGAACAAGCCGCCGAGAACCCUCAGGUUCAGGCCAUCAUUGAGCCCCGCUUAACUAUGUUGACCGAGAUUGCUAAUGGCUUCUUGACCACCAUUAUUGAGGGCCUCGAGGAAGCGCCUUAUGGUAUCCGAUGGAUUUGCAAACAAAUCAGGAGCUUAACCAAGCGCAAAUAUCCAGAUGCUAAUGACCAGGUCAUUUGUACCUUGAUCGGUGGAUUCUUCUUUUUGCGCUUCAUUAACCCUGCGAUCGUUACCCCGAAAUCUUACAUGCUUAUCGACGGAACCCCGGCCGAACGACCCAGACGAACUCUAACAUAUAUCGCCAAGAUGCUUCAGAACCUCGCGAACAAGCCAUCCUACGCCAAGGAGCCGUACAUGGCUAAGCUUCAGCCGUUCAUUCAUCAGAACAAGGACAGAAUCAAUAAGUUCAUGCUCGAUCUCUGCGAGGUCCAGGAUUUCUAUGAGAGCCUCGAGAUGGAUAAUUAUGUUGCCCUAUCAAAGAAGGAUCUUGAACUUGAGAUCACCCUCAAUGAAGUGUACGCCAUGCACUCGUUGCUUGACAAGCAUCAUGACGAGUUGUGCAAGGAUGACAAUUCGCAUCUUGCUAUCAUUAUGUCGGAAUUGGGAUCAUCGCCCCCUCAGUUGCCGCGCAAAGAGAACAGAGUUAUCAACUUGCCUUUAUUCAGUAGAUGGGAGUCAGCUAUUGGCGAUCUGACAGCAGCAUUGGAUAUCACGCAGGAAGAGGUUUAUUUCAUGGAAGCCAAGUCGAUUUUCGUACAAGUCAUGCGAUCGAUUCCAGCAACUAGUGGGGUAGCCAGAAGACCACUGCGACUAGAACGCAUUGCUGAUGCCGCAGCUACAAAUCGCAGUGAUGCAGUAAUGGUUCGCAAAGGUAUCCGGGCCAUGGAACUGUUAUCCCAGCUUCAGGAAUUGCGCGUUAUCGACAAGGCCGAUCAAUUCAGCCUACUUCGAGACGAAGUUGAGCAGGAGCUUCAACAUCUCGGAUCACUCAAAGAGGGUGUCAUCACUGAGACCCAGAAGCUGCAAGAAGUCUACAAGACGAUCCGUGAUCAUAAUGUCUAUCUCAACGGACAACUCGAGACUUACAAAAGCUACCUGCACAACGUUCGAUCACAGAGCGAGGGUACUAAGAGAAAGCAACAGAAGCAGCAAGUCCUUGGUCCGUACAAGUUCACACACCAGCAGCUUGAGAAGGAGGGCGUCAUCCAGAAGAGUAAUGUCCCCGACAACAGACGGGCCAACAUAUACUUCAACUUUACCAGUCCACUACCUGGAACAUUCGUCAUUUCAUUGCACUAUAAGGGUCGCAAUAGAGGUCUCCUUGAAUUGGAUCUCAAGCUUGAUGAUCUGCUUGAGAUGCAAAAGGACAAUCAGGAUGACCUGGACCUGGAAUAUGUCCAGUUCAACGUGCCAAAGGUCCUGGCGUUGUUGAACAAACGCUUCGCGAGGAAGAAGGGCUGGUAA